GUUCACUUGAAGCAGUGUUGUUUUUCUUCCACAGGCGCUAGGUUGGAUUCACUGACCGGAAUUAAAACGAGUUUAUGGCAGCAAUCGACAAAGUUCGCGUUUUGGUCGUAGGCGAUUCCGGUGUUGGGAAGACUUCUUUAACUCACUUAAUAGCAAACAACGAGCCACUUACCUCGCCAGGAUGGACCGUCGGUUGUGCUGUCGAGGUGAAACUCCACGAGUAUAAGGAGGGCACCCCCUCCCAAAACACGUUCUUUAUAGAGCUGUGGGACGUGGGUGGAUCCAUCAGUCACAUGAAUACCCGAGGUGUGUUCUAUAAUCCUACACAUGGCAUCAUCUUGGUACAUGACCUGACCAACAAGAAAAGCCACGACAAUUUACAGCGUUGGCUGAUAGAGAUCUUGAAUAAGGAUGGAAAAGACGCAUUGAAAGGUGGUGAUUUCCUGGACAUUGAUCCCGAACAAUUUCUGGGAUCGACUCAGUUUAAAAAUUCUCAGAUCCCUAUACUGGUAAUCGGAACUAAGCUGGAUAUGCUAGAUGAACAUCAUAAGAACAAGAUCCUCAACAAAACAUCUGCUGGAAGUAUUGCAGAGCAGUGUGGUGCGGAUGAAAUAUGUCUAAACUGUCAUGAAGCCAGAAGCCUAGCAGCUGGAACUACAGAUUCAGUUAAGUUAUCACGAUUUUUCGACAAAGUCAUUGAACGCAAAUAUUACAGCAGAGAUACAAGUCGAAAAUAUGCAGGAUCGUACAAUCCAUCUCUGCCAGGCUAAUUCAACACGUUUGGUGCAGCGCCUCAAGCGAGUCUCUACAGUCAAACCUCUUCGGAGACCAUAGCAUGAACAGUAAAAUUAGGUAAAUUGUUGA